AUGUCUUGUUCAAAAAUAUUUUCGGGAGAUUCACCCGAAUUAACAUAUGAAGUUAUAAAAAAUUUUCAGAAUGAUUUCUCAACUUUACAUUCAUGCAUUUUAGUUAACAGAUUAUGGUGUCGUUUAACAAUUCCAUUAUUAUGGGAAAAUCCAUUUUCAAUUUCUACCGGAAAUUAUUCCUUUAUUGGAAUUUACUUACAUAAUUUAAAUGAUGAUUUAAAAGGAUAUGAAAUUGUUGAAUUAAUACCUUUGAAUACACUUUUCAAUUACUCAAAUUUUAUAAAAUAUUUGAAUAUACGAGAAUUUUUUUCUUCUGUUGAUAAAUGGGUUGCAAUUUUUAAAAAUUCAAACCCUAGUAAAUAUAAUACUGUUUUCAUAAAAUUAGUUCAUAAAUUACUAUUUAAAAUAUUUAUUGAAAAUGAAAUAAAUUUAUAUACUCUUGAAAUUGAGAUCUUUACUUAUUCAAAUGAAUAUCUUAAUAAUAUUUUUGAAUUAAUUUUACAAAAUACAAAUUUUAUUCAUAAUAUUAAAAAUUUAAAACUUUUUAUUUAUAUUUCUCAUUUUUCUGAAAAUAAUGAAAAUAUGUUAGUUAAAAAUCAUUUAUCAAAAAUAAUUAAUUUACAUCAAAAUCUUAAAAAAAUUUUAUUAAGUUAUGAUAAUAUUCCUUUAUAUCAAUCAUUAUUAUUAUCAAAAGAUUAUAAUUGUUCAAAUACUUUAAAUACUUUAGUAUUAUAUAAAAUUAAUUUUAAUGGUAUAUUCAAUCUAAAUAAGAUAUUUGAACAAUUAAAUGUUUUAGAAUCUGUUCAUAUUAUUUAUUGUUUUCCUAUAAAUAUUGGUGUUAUUCAACAAAUUAUUAAUUUAUCUAAACCAUUUAAAUUAAAAUCUUUAUUAAUGGAUUGGACUUCACAAAUUGAUGAAUCAUUUCAAUCAUUAUUACAAAAAUCUGGUGAUUAUUUAGAAAAAUUUAAUUUUGAAUUUGAAUAUAAUAGGGAAUUAAUAUUUAAACAACAAAUAUUUGAAUCAAUUAUAAAAUAUUGUAAAAAUAUCAAAUCACUUGAUUUACAUGAAAAUAAUAAUCAAAUUUUUUAUCAAAUAUUCAAAUUAAUUGAAAAUAUUAAACAUAAGCUUAAUUAUCUUUCUAUCAGAGUAACAUCAUAUGUUAAUAAUAAUAAGUGUAGUUCAAUUAUAUUACAAAAUUUAGGUCAAAUUCUUCCUUCUAAUUUAGAAUACUUACAUUUGAAUCUUUAUAAAAUCAAAGCAAGUGAUUUUGAAAUAUUUCUAAAAAAUUCUCAAGGUACUUUUAUUAAGAAAUUAUUGAUCCGAAAUAGUGAAAGUCAAGAUAUUUUACCCCCUAUAAAAGAGUAUAUUAUGAAAAAGAAAAGGGUUAAGUAUUUAGCUAUUGUGAAUUCUUCCCUUGAAAUGAUAUCAGAAUAUAAUUCUAGAUAUAAUGAGAAGGAAUUGUUUUCAUUACAUGAUGAAGUGAAGGAAUUUAGUUUGUAUAAUAUAAAAGUGCAAAGUUAUCUUAGCUUAGUGAUUAGAUUGAGUGAUUUUAUAAAGAAAAUCAAUUGA